UUCUCGUCACGUCUGUGUUGGAGAGGAAAAACGAACCAUUGCUCGCCAGCGAUGCCAAGAGACGGGCUGUACAAUUUCACUAUCAACUGCUUUACGCAAGGCACCUCCUCAUCCCUUUCCCGUCCCCACCCAUCUCGACCAGAAUUUGUUUUUAUCGCGAGCGGCAGGUGGGGUUUGGGUCAAAGCCUUGGAACACAAAUCAUGCUUUGUCGCGAGCGGUCGGCUGUGGAAUAUGGUCAGACUGUUGAGCACCUCCCUUCACGAGGGGGACCAGAUCCUUAAAUGACCCACUGCUGAAAGCAUCUUGAUCUAUCGCCCGGAUCAUGGCAUGCUGCUCAUACAAGAUCUCCACAAGCGCGGCGCCGAGGCUCACUAGUGAACAUGGGGAUCAGGUCCAGAAAUGUUGGUAAUGGUUCGGAGGAGCAGAGGGACAAGAAGGCAUCAGCUCUACCCGGGGAUUUGGACCAAGGAUCCGGGGCGGACAAAGAUGGAGCACUGCUGCUUGUGGCGCCUGGUCGAGAUGAUUUCAAGAGGGGUUCCACAGGGAUUGGACUGUUGGCCAAGACACCUCUGGGGUACACGCGACCCACCAAGAGGAAUAACAUUAGGAAGCGGAGAAUUCAGAACCUUAUCUACGACACGCUCGAGAGACCGCGAGGGUGGGCCCUGCUCUACCAUGCGUUUGUAUUUCUGAUUGUGCUGGGGUGUUUGAUAUUGGCUAUUUUAACAACUUUCAAAGAACACGAAAAGGACUCUGCCCACUGGCUUGUCAUCCUGGAAACCUUCACCAUCUUCAUCUUCGGGGCAGAAUUUGGGCUGAGGAUAUGGGCGGCGGGGUGCUGCUGUCGAUACAAAGGAUGGAGGGGGCGGUUAAAAUUUGCUCGCAAGCCCUUGUGUAUUUUAGACAUCUUCGUGUUGAUUGCGUCUGUGCCGGUGGUGGUGGUGCGUAACCAGGGCAACGUGCUGGCCACGUCCCUGCGCAGCCUACGUUUCCUGCAGAUCCUGCGAAUGCUUCGCAUGGAUCGGCGCGGGGGCACCUGGAAACUUCUGGGCUCUGCUAUCUACGCACACAGCAAGGAGUUGAUCACUGCCUGGUAUAUCGGCUUCCUGUCGCUCAUCCUGGCCUCCUUCUUGGUGUACUUGGUGGAGAAGGACGACGUCACCAUGGACGUGUCUGACCCCGACAACCCCACUGCCCAGCCCAAGCCCCAGGACUUCGACACAUACGCAGACGCUCUUUGGUGGGGCCUGAUCACGUUGACUACGAUUGGCUACGGCGACAAAACCCCCAAAACGUGGGCUGGGAGACUGUUAGCUGGGACGUUCGCUCUGAUUGGAGUAUCCUUCUUCGCUCUGCCUGCGGGCAUCCUAGGCUCAGGCCUAGCUUUGAAAGUUCAGGAGCAGCACAGACAGAAGCACUUUGAGAAGCGCAGGCAUCCUGCCGCUGGACUCAUCCAGUCUGCCUGGCGAUAUUAUGCCACCAAUCCAAUCAGAGAAGACCUUAUUGCCACAUGGAGAUUCUAUGAGACUAUAAUCUCACUUCCCUGUUUCAGGAAGGACAAUUUGGAGGGCAUAGCAAGCCAAAAGCUGACCUUGCUGGAGCGAGUGCGCCUACCCAGCUCCCGGCAGUCCAUAGGGAGGGGUAAACCCAUCAUGCCAGGGAACGCAGACUCCAUAGAAGAGAGCCCUUCGAAGGAGGCCAAACCGGCUGGCUUCAGUAACCGGGAGCGUUUCCGUACCGCCUUCCGCAUGAAAGCCUACACGCUGCGCCAGAGCUCUGAAGAUGCUGGAGGCUUGCAGGACCCCGAGGAGAGAGGCUUCCCUCCAGACAUCCUGCUGGAGGAGAUGAUCCCCACUUUGAAGCUGGUCAUCAGAGCGGUCAGGAUCAUGAGGUUCCUCUUAAACAAAAAGCGAUUCAAGGAGACGUUGAGGCCUUACGAUGUGAAGGACGUGAUCGAGCAGUACUCUGCUGGCCAUCUGGACAUGCUCUGCAGGAUUAAAUACCUUCAGACAAGAAUAGACAUGAUCCUGGCCCCAGGACCUCCUCUCACCCCGAAACACAAGAAGACUCAGAAGACACCCUUUGCCUACCCACCUCAACAGUCACCCAGGCAAGAGACCUAUCUAGCCAAAACAUCCUUGCCGGAUGCUGAUGACCAAAGCAUGAUGGGCCGAUUCGUCAGAGUAGAGAGACAGGUGGAGGACAUGGAGAAGAAGCUAGACUUCCUGGUGGACAUGCACAUCCAGCACAUCGAACACCUCCAGGUGGACUCUGCCGGUGCAGCUCACAUGACCAUGGAGCCCUGUAACCCCACGGGGGGCGACCCCCUCUGCGGCCUGGACGCCAGGGACGGUCGUGGCUACGCCGAGAUCCGCCGGGUCUUCUUAAACUACAGCGAGACCUGCCCGCACAUGUCUUACCAGGUACCCGUGAGAAAGGUCAUGCCUUACUAUAGCCACCACAAGGAGCUUUGCACUGCCGGGAGGGGAGAGGGUGGAGGAGGGCUGGGGCUGCCUGGGGGCGGGUGCCUAUCCCUGGAUCACCAGAACCCCCCGCCCCCACCCCACCUCCACCCCGGCCCCAUCCCGACCUACACAGAGCGGCCUACUGUCCUCCCCAUCAGCUCCCUGCAGGACUUCCAGAUGGCUGGGCGGGGGGAAGGGGACAGCCCCUGCAUGGAGCAGCUCUCGGCGGGGCUGGGCAGGACCACGGGGCAGGGAGGGGACACGCCCCUCUCCAUGCUCUCGGUGAACCACGAGGAGCUGGAGCGCUCUCCCAGCGGGUUCAGCAUAUCGGGCGAACAGGAGGGGGAGGGGGACCCCUCGAUGGGGGCCGCUGGGGAGGAGGGGGGAGGAGACCAGGCGAGGGAGAGACGCUACCUGGCGGAGGGGGAGACCGACACGGACUCGGACCCCUUUACACCCAGCGGGGGGGCUCUCCCCUUGUCCUCCACGGGGGAGGGCUUUCCUGACUCUGUGUGGAACACCCCUCCAUGAGCCCACCCAAGCCCUUACUGACUCGAACCCCAGACCUAACUUGGCUGAAGGUGAAGUGACAGGCCAUGCCUGGAGAUUCAAGUCGGUUUGGGGUAAAAACACUUGGUGAGAAGUCAGAAACAAUUCCAGUCUGAACAAAUCUGGGUAAGAUCGGUUUUACCUCAGUAUGGUUUGAUGGACUUUGGCAUUGUCAUCAACUCUCCCAAGUCCUUUGACACACACUCGACUCAGUGGCAGAGAGAAAGCAGAGGCUUCGAGGGAGCUUACAUAGACAACAACUCACUGUUUGUAUAGUAAACAGACUUUGUACAGUGCACUCACCACAGAAAUUUAGCGAGGAUGAGAAAUAUAUAAACAUUAAUACUACUAUAAAUAUACACCCAAAGCUUUAUCGCUGCAAAGCAAAACGCACUGCAUGUAAUGCAUGCAAUUUUUAGAGGUAGACAUUGCAAAGUUCAGGUAUCAGGUAAAAGAAAAUGAGUUUGAAUGGAUACUUAUAAAUGCUAUGCCAUUUUGUAACACUUAUUUUUUUAUAAGAAUACAUUUUCAUUUUUUGCAUGGUUUGCAUGAUGAUGCACCAUUUAAGAACGGUUGAGAUUAAUAUUUUUUAACCAAAAGUCUCCUGUCUCAUUGUUUUAUACUAGUUGGUUAUUACUAUGGGAGCUUCAACAACAGUCGCAAGUCAAAGAUAAAGGAUUCCAUGAUGUUUGUUUAGUCAAUACACUUUGU